UGCAACAUAGCAAUUUCAUUCACUAUAUAAAUACAAUCCAAAACCUGCCAGUACCCAGUUAAAAAUUAGCCAAAUGUUUUUCCCUUGUUCGUUGGUCGCAAUUUGGUUGGGAGUCCUGCUGAUUCAAGGCUGUGGAGCAGCGCGUAAAUGGGACUACGAACCCAUAUCAGUCACCGCAUUUAGCUCUGAUGAAAGUCUAGUAAAGUUUGAACCCAAGAUCAUUCGCAUGGGGCGCGGAGAACUAGGAAUAUCAGCCAAUGUCUUGUGGAACUAUGAUACGACUGAGGAAACCAUGGUUUCGGCUGUUGUCUACCGAAGCACUUCGGGAGAUGAAAGGGAUUACAAGCUGCUCCCUUGGACAAUUCCCAAUCAACCCUUGUACGAAUACCUUGACAACUACUACAAGGAUGUGAUAGUUAAGAACUUUGCCCCCUGCUCCAACCUUCCGCAGUUCGAGGGCAAGUUCGAACCGCCAAUACCAAAGCAGACAUAUACUGCUGACAAAUGCGUGGUCGAAGGCGACGGGCUACCGGAAAUUGCACCGCCUGGAUUCUACAAGAUCAUAUUUAAUUGCACUGGACCCGACCAGCCAACAUGGAGCCUUACAGGGAUUAUAAAACUAACAAACAAAAUGUUUUGAACCAUUGCAAAAAAUCCAAACUGUAACUUUAUUGCCUAAAACAUCUUAUUGAAUAUUUGUUUUAGGUGCCUAAACCUUCUUCAAUUAAAUUCCAUUUCUAUUAUUUUAAAAAGUGGCGUAAAGAAGUAAAAAUUGGAUGUCUUCAAAGCUAUCACAGUAAAAUACAAUUUUAGUUGUUUAAAAAAAGCAAAAUAAAUAACAUGUUUACCAAAAAUUUAAGUUUA